UUUGACGAGGACGACCGAGAUAUUUCCAGUGGUGACUUAAGACGUUUUUUUUUUUAAACCACGAAAUAACAGCACCUCGGAAAGACUCCAGCAGUACAAAGGCAGAGUGAGUAUAUCUCUUUAUGUGUAUGUAAAACACUUUAUGAAACUACGGUCAUUUGGAUAAGUUUGAGGAAGAAAACGCGAAGUUUUGUCAUCGGAACAAUCACUGGAGUGUAAGAUGUCCAUGAUGGAGCAUGGGGGUGUCCGGCCGGUGACGGCGGUGGCCUGGACCUCUAACUCUGGCACCUUGCCCAAAAACUUCACCAUGAUCGGCCUCACGGAAGACGGAGCUUCAGCCAACUUUGCGCGCAGUUUGAUGAAGGCUGGAUAUUACCUCUGUUACAGCAAGGACCUGACAGGUGGCAUGGUGGUGUCGGACAUUCAGAUUGUUUCUGAAAAAGACUCUAUUCCCCAUGGUUACUCCUACUUGACAGAGCACCUUGAACCAAAGGCCACUGUUUCAAAGAAGAAGCGCGUGUGUGUGCGUUUCGCCCCGGUGGGCAGUGUGGACUCAGCUGUGCUGGACAUCAAACUGACGGCCAAAAGCAAAAUGAUGUUGCAGCAUUACACAUUUGUGGGAGACAUUCAUGGCUACGUUCUGUGGUGCAGGAAGGGGCAGUUUUCUAGUCCCAUACCCCAAGCCAAGCCCCGUAGUUUAAGCCUGGACCUCCGCAAGCUCUCCCUGGAGCAGCCGUCUGCUCCCCUUCCCCUCAGGCCCAGCAAUCCUCCUCCAGUGCCACCCAGCCGGAUAAGUCAAAGACGCUGUAGCCUUAAAAAAGACAACAACGUGGAUAAACCUGAUGGGAGCCUCCAGGCAAUUACAGCCCUAGAUGGAGUUCCUUUCAGCCUGCAUCCAAAUUAUGACAUCCAGGCAAAUGGAAUGGCUCUGCAGUCAAACCUGCAGCUAAACAACAUUCGUAUAAAGUCCUUUCAAGACAUCGAAAAUGAGUAUAGCUACACGUUCACUGUGGAGGAAUCUGCUGCAAAAAGGACCAGACCUUCCGUCUCAUCAGAAGAUUUCCCCUCCGUCCAGUGACCUCUGCACUGUGAAAACAUCAUAUCAGAUUUCUGUUACUUUAUUCUAUCCGAGGGGAGUUAGAAGAGUGGGAGCUUAAAUCAGGGUACAGAUGAAGGAUUGGCAUGCCUGCAUUUAGGUUUACACAAUGAAGCCGCCACUCCGGGGAUGAGAUAAGCCAUCACAUUUAACUUAUUAAGUCUUUACAUUAAAUCUGUAAUAGGAAUUAAACAUUUGAAGCACUCCAAGUUACUUCUCAGAGGUAAGACCUCCAGGUGAAAAAAGAAAGGCCCAAAGAUGGGGCCACCUCUCUGAAGUAACUAAGCAUAAUGCCAAAGAUCUCUGCUCUUGGUUUCUUAUAUUUUCAGUUGUAAAAUAUUUGUACGCAAAAAUGGAAUAUGCACUUUGCCACUUGAGAUGCCUUCUUCUGAAUAUUUUGUGUUUUUUUCCUGAUGUGUUUGCAUGUUACUGAUCUUUCUGCUUCUCAGCCUGUUUGUAAAGGAGACCUGUAAAAAGUUUACCGGCUAAUCUGUGCUGACCACGACAACUCAGAAGUCACACUAAAGUGUAUCUGUAUGUAGAAAACGGUGGUUUCCCUUCAAAGAUCGAUGGCCUGCCGACUUUAUGUCAUUCCCAACAAUCAGUGUCACAUUUUAAGAUGAUCGAGUAAGUACAAUAUAUUUGUAAUAACUGCAUUGUCGUUAUCUUUACAACAAACUGUUACUGUUCGAAACAAUAAAAGCCCAAAGAAAC